UGUACCUCCCCUCGCCGCUUGAGCAAGCGAAGAAGACGCUGGAUAGAAAUGGCGCUGACGGCGAGUGAAGCUGCACGAGGUCGCUAAACGGCUUUUCCAUGGAUCGGAGACAUCUGACUGCCGCGGGAAUGACAUCGGCGUCGAAGUAGGACACCUGUCGAAGCGGCCACCGCUGAGCUACAACGUCUCCCCAGGAGACCUCCCUUCUUGCCCGACGAGGAGAGCAAAUCUCACCGGGAGCAUGGCUUCUUACGGCAACCAGUACAUCUUCGGGGAAUUCAGCCCUGAUGAGAUCAAUCAAUUCUUUGUGACUCCACGAUGUCACGUCGAGCUUCCACCUUUCAACAACAAAGCGCCGUGUGUCAGUCAGUCCUCUGGAGGUUACUGCACUCCCGCUGUACCAUAUAAAAUGGAGUCAAUGGGACUGCAGGGUUGCGGGGAUGACUAUCAGCGCAUCAAGUUUGGCGUCGAUGAGGUCAUAGACUCCAAGACCGUCGACGGCGUAAACGAUACUUUGUACAAAGUGUCGAGCACCCUCAACCCGCAGGCUCCAGAGUUCAUCCUGGGCUGCCAAUCGGCCCAGAAACCCCAACAGACGACGACUCCGGCGGACAGCGGUCCAGAUGGGAGCCACUUCAACUCUGAGGACGGGCCCGACUCGGAGGCUUCGGCCCUGGAUAAUCACCAGGCGUGCCAGGACCUGGAUGGGCUGCCCGGCGGCAUGGGACAGCGUGAGAGGAAGAAAAAGAAAAAGCGGCCGCCGGGGUACUAUAACUACCUUGACUCUUCGGGCGGUGGCAACACCAACGCCGCAGACAGCACGCCGGUGACGGCACUCGUGAACGGACACGCGCUUGGCGUCUCGCAGCACAACACCGAGGAUGCGGAUUGUAAAGCUUUAUCUGGGAUUUCCUCUCUGAGCAUUACCUCGGCAGCAACGGUCGCAUCUGUUGUCGUCCAAAGGACUUGCGAUAGUCCCGACGACUUUUUGUCGGACUUAAAAAGCGGGGCGUUGUCUUUUUCAGAUGGCACCAAUGCAACUUCACCCUCUUCGUCCUCAUGCCAAAGUAGAGGCGUGACGGAUGGACCGAGGACUGCAGAUGAGCAGCCAGAUCAUUUGGCUCCGCAGAGCCCCCAACUUUCAGAUAGUCCACAGAGCCCCCGAUCUAAGUCACCGCUUCCCGCUUCCGCUUCUGCUGCUGCGACUACUGAACCGGACGGAAGGGAAGCGGCGGAGAGUAACGGCUUGGCCGAGUCAGAUGUUUCAGUUUGUGCCGACGGACACAAUGAAGACUGUGAGAAAGACCAUUUGCAGGUCUCUACGCAAACGGCGGAGGAGUUGUCAGUUUCUCCCACGGUGGCGGCCGUUCCCGCCCCCAUCCCCCCAAAAUCUUGGGCCAGCCUCUUCCACAACUCUAAACCACUUCCAGGCAGUCCUCCAGCCUUUGUGGAGAUUAAGAAUGCCGUGGAAGUUGUGACUCCUCCGCUCGUGACACCGGAGACACCCGAGGAGAAAGCUGUUGAGGUCAAGGAAGGCCCUGUCCAUGUAUCAGAGGACCCUAUGGCACCUAAGCUUGCAGAACUUAUUGAGAAUGUGAAGUUGAUACAUAAACCAGUGUCUUUGCAGCCGAGAGGACUCGUCAACAAAGGGAACUGGUGCUAUAUCAACGCUACUCUUCAGGCCCUGAUAGCUUGUCCUCCUAUGUAUCACCUGAUGAAGUCUAUUCCUUUGCUCAGUGAAACCCAGAGACCGUGCUCCUCCACACCCAUGAUUGACAACUUUGUGAGGUUGGUGAAUGAGUUCACAAACAUGCCAGUGCCAGCUAAACCUAAACCAGCUGUCGGUGACAAGCUGGUGAAAGACAUUCGACCAGGGGUUCCGUUUGAGCCAACGUACAUUUACAGACUCCUAACGCUCAUCAAGUCCAGUCUCUCAGAAAAGGGUCGACAGGAAGACGCAGAGGAGUAUCUUGGUUUCACUCUAAAUGGGCUGCACGAAGAGAUGCUGGCUUUGAAAAAACUAAUCUCUCCACAGGAAGAGAAAGCCCCUACACCCAACGGUCCCGAGUCUCUGGCCGGCUUGGUGGAAGUUGACGCAGACAAGGAUGAAGAGGGGAGCGAAGACGAGUGGGAGCAAGUCGGUCCCCGCAACAAGACUUCCAUCACCCGCCAAGCCGACUUUGUCCGUACGCCCAUCACUGACAUAUUCGGAGGACAUAUUAGGUCGGUGGUGUACCAACAGAACUCUAAGGAGUCGGCCACGCUACAGCCCUUCUUCACGCUGCAGUUGGACAUCCAGUCAGAGAAGGUCCGCACGGUCCAGGAGGCCCUGGAAACGCUCGUGGCACGAGAGUCGGUCCAGGGUUACACUUCUAAAAGCAAGCAGGAGAUCGAGGUCAGUCGGAGGGUGACUCUGGAGGAGCUGCCCCCUGUCCUCGUGCUCCAUCUCAAGAGAUUUGUCUUUGAGAAGACUGGAGGUUGUCAGAAACUCAACAAGAUCAUCGAGUACCCCGUAGACCUGGAAAUAAGCAAAGACCUCCUGUCUUCUGGAGUGAGGAGCAAAGUUAUGAAAGGCCAAAGAACAUACAGGCUCUUUGCAGUGGUCUAUCACCAUGGGAACAGCGCGACUGGCGGUCACUACACCACGGAUGUCUUCCACAUCGGUCUUAACGGUUGGCUGCGCAUUGACGACCAGGCAGUGAAAGUGAUCAACCAGUACCUGGUGGUCAAGCAGAUCGCCGAGCGCACCGCUUACCUGCUGUACUACCGCCGCGUCGACUUCUUGUAGGCGCACGCACAUACGCACAAAAUCGCCAACGGAGCCACGAGCAUACAUGCAUACGCACGCACACACACACACACACACACACACACACACACACACACACACACACACACACACACACACACACACACACACACACGCCUAACACAGCCCCCUCAUCUUACACGUGACACAUACAAACACAUGUGGAACAUAUGAUGAACAGGAACACUGCCCGACUUUGUUCUCUUGCAAGAUUUUCCUCCUCUUUCCUCGUGUCCCCGCUUCCUUGAGAGCCAGCUUUUCCAGCACCUCUUCCCAAGAGGAGACACAAGUUGCAUUCACCACGAAUUCCUUGCAAUGACUCGCUCUUCUCUGUGCACCACUGCUGUCAUUUUCUGUUCUUCUCAACAUUAUGGUCAAAAGAAUAGGUGGUUCAGAUGGAGAACUGCAAACUGUACUGCUCGGAAUUUAUCAGUGUUGGCCUUUUUCACAAGCUGAGCCGCAGUCAAAAGGCCUGUUUUCCAAUGAGCUCAUUGCCAGGGCCGAGCACCAGCAUCAUUAUCCUCAUCCCCAAGCCUGCUCGUCUCCUCUUCCUCCACCAGGUACAGGUUGGGCCCUCACACAUAGCGAAGGUGAAUCUGAAGCGAACACUCUCUGGGUUUUGACGUCUUCGAAGAGUAUCUAAACAAAGUCUUUAAUGCGCUUUAGAAUUUCAGAUUACAAGCUUUCUGUGCACAAAGUAUAAACCGAUGAUUAUAAGUGUGGCAGGCAUAUUUGCAACUAUUUAGACUAAAAUGUCAAAAAAAAAAAAAAAAAACCUACAAAAAACAUAUGCAGUCCAGAAGGACUUGCUUGUUUUUAGAUUGUUUGCACUGGAGAUGGCAACUAAUGAAACAAUAGAUUCCACUGCAGAAGCUGCCCUCGUUUACUUUUGACAUUUCCUUCCGGAUCCAUUCGUCAUCUGUGUCGCCGCCUAUGUCCAGGUCGCAGCACUCAUCCAACUUCCACCCGCGCCCCAAAAGCUCACCGGGGUUUGCAGGGGGAUAGCCUUAGGUCCAAACCGUGAUCGUUUCCACACCCAAAUCCGGCCUGCACGUCUGAAGUGACACGGCGUAUUUAAGGGUGGUGCGAACUGAAAGUGGGCGAAACCAGCGCUGAGGCGUGUGCACAUACAAAUGGAGAUAGUGUUUGCUUUUGUUGAGGGUUUUGAUUUUUUUUCCUUGCAUAAUUCAAUGAUUGUGAUUUAUUUUUGUUUGUUUGUUUGUUCAAGCUACUAAAAUGUUAGUAUGUUUCAGUCAAUUAUUGGAUGUCCCCACGCUCAUGCUCCCCCCUGACUUCAGCUUGCAUUUGAAUUGGAUCCUUUCAAAAGGAAAUGACACAGGCUAAAGCACAACUAUGAAUAAAGAUGAAGUCGUUCUUCCAAUAUUUUAUUUGCGCUCACAUAACCACUUUUAGAAAUGUCACAUUUUCAUUUUUAAAUUACUUUGACCCCUUCAUAUUAAAAACAUCCUCUCAUUGGCUGCCACUGAUGAUGAUAGAUGUACCAGUUUAUCUAAAAAUGAAGUUUCUACAUUGACCGCACUGUAACUUUGAAAUAUUAGCACAACCAAACUACUGUAGGAACGGCUUUUAUUUAAGUCAUUGUCUUGCCAUUGACGGUGAUAGACGUCCAAACCAAUUAGACUGGGAGGUCCAGUUGGGUUGCACAUCUAUUGCUGUCAGUAGCAUUGAAACAAUUCAAUACCAGCCAUCCCAGUUAAACUACAUUUGAUGUCUAUCGCUGUCAAUGGCAGUGAAGGAGAUAAUACAGGGUUUCUCACUAGUACAUAAGCCUAGCUGGCCAAGGGACUUUAAUGUUGUGGCAGUGUGCAAAAAUGGAGGUUACAAUGAUAAUGAUUUGUGAAUUUUUUUGUCAUGUGGUUUCACAUAAUUUUAAGAUAUUUUUUGAACAAAAUUUUAAUGUAGCUUGAUCUUAAAAUUUAGUGCCACCACUUGACAUAAAAAAAAACCUCGUAUUUUCAGAGUACUCAUGCUUUCGCAACCCUACGUUACAGAAAUCCUUUUGCCCCUUAUCCAAAAAUAUUGAAACAAAUGUCCAGAAAAGAAAAGUGUAACAUGUUAUGACCACAAUUGAGUUCUAAAUAGCUCUGAUAUCUGAAUUCACUGUUCAGGAUUCAAAGUUAAAACAAGGUUGCUUGUGAAUUAAAAAUUACUUAAAACUAAUUCAGUGGAUUUUGAUGUGGAAAUGCCGUUAGACCUUUCAUGGGUUCCCCAUGCCAACUUAACCAAAGGGCACUAUAUUUUACCCCUUAUGUUCCAACUGAACGGAAUUCUCUAUUGGCUGGCUUCAUCUCCUGCUUGUUUUGCUACAAGCUUUGUAGUGAUUUCUCCUCAAACUGUGACCUGGAUCUUCAUUUGCAUAUUUAUUUUCCCAAGAAGAAUGUCAGGACGUUUGGACUUUGAAACUAAGUGAGCUUUUCCAAUGUGCGUUGCUGAAUUGCUUCAGGCCUCUUGUUUGUCUUGGGUAUGAGCGCCUAACACUUAUUGUCUGCUGGGAUUACACAACAAUCUGUUUUGUCUUUUUAAUUUCAGGCGUCCAGCAUUCUAUUUUGUUUGUUGUUCGAAUAAAGGAUUGUGCAAAAUACAGUUUGCUAAUGAUGACAUGGAGGCAGAGACGUCUUGUCAUUUUUGUAAUCCCCGCAACCGACACAAAAACAACGCAAGUCGCAGCUUCAGGCGUGCGCCGUCAACAUGUGGUGGGACUCAGUCCUGUGGCGUAGCUCUCCUCUGUAUAAUGGAAAGCAGACCCGUCAGUGAAAAAUCUGCUGGGUCUGCUUGUUUUCAACCCCCCCUUUCCUCACGGUAACUAGGCCGUCCUGCUCUGUGACAUAUCGGCAAAACUAGUCAUGCGGGAUAGAAAUCUGGUCUAAAUUUCGAAAUGGAUGUCAAGCGAGAAGGUCCACAUCAUAUAGGUUAAUGUCACACACAGGUAUGAAUCUCAAGGCCCCCGGCCACAAUUUGUGGUGCCCAUGAAAGAAAAGCGUGCGUAUUGACUCAGUUUCUCUUCAAUUAAAAUUUCUGUAGCACUCAAAUGAUGACCACACAUUUAAAUUUUUAUUUUUUUUUGUGUAAAAACAUUUAAAAAUUAGCCUUUUUCCUUGUUUGAUAAAUGGUUACUGAUUUUUCCUGUUUUAAAUGUACAAAUGACUGAUCCUCUUUCAUUUUUUAAAAAAUUGAACAGUUAAACAUUUUUUUUUUUAAAUUGAAAACAAAAUUGACAAAAAUACUCUCCCACGCCUUUUUAAAUUGUAUAAUGAAAAUAGUUAUUAUGACUCUUAAAAGUAGAAUUUGGAAAAAAAUUUGGGUCUGCAAUACCUAAACUAUUGUAUUAUCGAAAUGGUGUUCCCUUAAUUUAAUAAUCAAUUGUCUAUUAAUUGUGCAAACUUUAGCCGGGGUGUUUGACAAAUAGGUAUCCCAGUCGAAUUGAUAGCCAAAGUGCUACUGAGCAUGCGCACGACAACCACGCCCCUCCAGGGGUGACCACAUGUCAAAUGUCCGAGUUCAACUACCAUUUUGAUUACGACAUUGUUGCUGUAGUUGUUGCUUUAAAAAAAAAAAAAAAAAAAAAAAUAUAUAUAUAUAUAUACACACACAUUUUAUUGUGCCUUUUCACCACUAAACUCUGUCAGCGGGUUCGGUUCGCGUCGGGCUUUAAUACCCGCGAGCCGGUCGGGUAGAGCUGGAUUUUUUUUAGGCCCGAUCGAACUUCUAGCGUCAUGUAAUGUUACCAUACCGUACACUUAUUCAGCCUGUUGUUCUCUAUUGUAUUUUAAAUUGCUUUUGAAGAUGACAUGUCUGUUCUUGGUGCUGGAUUCUAUCAAAUAAAUUUCCCCCCAAAAAUGCGACUUAUACUCCGGUGCAACUUAUACUGGUCCUUCUCAAAAAAUUAGCAUAUUGUGAUAAAGCUAAUUAUUUUCUGUAAUGUACUGAUAAACAUUAGACUUCCAUAUAUUUUAGAUUCAUUACAUACAACUGAAGUAGUUCGACUUUUAUUGUUUUAAUAUUGAUGAUUUUGGCAAAAAAGUCAAGAAAAAGCAAAAAUCCCGAUCUCCAAAAAUUAGCAUAUCAUGAAAAAGUACUCUGUAGAAGCUGCUAACCUAAUCAUCUGAAUCAACGAAUUAACUCAAAACCCCUGCAAAAGAUUCCUGAGUCUUUUAAAAACUCCCAGCCUGGUUCAUUACACAAAACCGCAAUCAUGGGCAAGACUGCCGACCUGACUGCUGUCCAGAAGGCCAUCAUUGACACCCUCAAGCAAGAGGCUGACACAAAUUUCUGAGCGAAGAGGCUGUUCCCAGAGUGCUGUAUCAAGGCACCUCAGUGGGAAGGAAAAAGUGUGGCAGGAAACUGCACAACCAGAAGGGGUGACCACACCCUGAGAAAGUUUGUGGAGAAGGACCGAAUCCAGACCUUGGGGGACCUGCAGAAACAGUGGACUGAGUCUGGAAAUGGGCUACAGGUGCCGCAUUCCCCAGGUCAAGCCACUUUUGAACCUGAAACAGCGGCAGAAGUGCCUGACCUGGGCUACAGAGAAGGAGCACUCGACUGUUGCUCAGUGGUCCAAAGUAAUUUUUUCAGAUGAAAGCAAAUUUUGCAUGUCGUUUGGAAAUCAAGGUGCCAGAGUUUGGAGGAAGACUGGGAAGAAGGAAAUGCCUGAAGUCCAGUGUCAAGUACCCACAGUCAGUGAUGGUCUGGGGUGACAUGUCAGCCGCUGGUGUUGGUUUACUGUGUUUUAUCAAGGGCAGGGUCAAUGCUAUCAGGAGAUUUUGAAGCACUUCAUGCUUCCAUCUGCUGAAAAGCUUUAUGGAGACGAAGAUUUCAUUUUUCAGCAUGACCUGGCACCUGCUCACAGUGCCAAAACCACUGGUAAAUGGUUUACUGACCAUGGCGUUACUGUGCUCAAUUGGCCUGCCAACUCUCCUGACCUGAGCCCCAUAGAGAAUCUGGGGGAUAUUGUGAAGAGGAAGUUGAGAGACACCAGACCCAACACUGGAUGAGCUUAAGGCCGCUAUUGAAGGAUCUUGGGCCUCCAUAACACCUCAGCAGUGCCACAGGCUGAUUGCCUCCAUGCCACGCCGCAUUGAAGCAGUCAUUUCUGCAAAAGGAUUCCCAACCAAGUAUUGACUGCAUAGCUGAUAUAAUUAAUUGAAGAUGGACUUUUUUGGAGUAAAACACUUUUUUUUGUAUUGGUCGGAUGAAAUACGCUAAUUCUUUGAGAUAGGGAGUUUUGUUUUUCUUGCCUUUUUUUUUUGCCAAACUCAUAUUAAAACAAUAAAAGGCUUGAACUACUUCAGUUGUGUGUAAUGAAUCUAAAAUAUAUGAAAGUCUCAUGUUUAUCAGUACAUUACAGAAAAUAACUAUCGUAAUAUGCUAAUUUUUUUUUUAGAAGGACUAGUAUGUGUUUUUUCCCCCCUUUUCAUUGCCCAUUUUUUUGGCUGGUGCGACUUAUACUCAGGUGCGACGUAUAGUCCGAAAAAUACGGUGCAUCGACGGAGCUCAAAUUGACAGAACAUCGGCAGAAACCCACUGAAUGAAACCAUACCUACUUUGUGGCCUCCUAAGGGCAACCUUGGCCACUUGGUUUUGUUUGUAUGUAUGUAGUUGUGCUACAAGUGUGGAACCCAAUUAGUAAGGGAUAUGGAAUAAAUGCCCACCCAAAAUCCAUAAACAUGAUUCUGUAGCAGUGCGAGAAAAUCUGGUAUGGUUGCUCAUAGACUUCAUGGUUUGCUGUAAAUUAGGCACCCCCCGAAUCCAUGGCGUCACCGUGUGCCAGUUUUCAUAAAAGAGCAGAACUCCAAAUCUGUAUGAGGGAAAUUUGGGGCUCGAUUAGUAACCUUGGGCUCCCGUGCGAAAGACACAUUAUACUCACUCUAGCAUCUGCUUCCAUAUGCACCCAUUGAGGCCUUUUUAAACUCAUGUCAGCAUGUAUGUCAGAAGCAUGCUUCCAAAUGACAGUGCACACACUUGUGCCAGUGAAGCUGUCAGUCUGAAUUCAAACUCUACAUGAAUAAUUACAGGCUGUUGAAGAGUUUCUAUUCUAAUAUUCAGGCUCGGACCACCGUGGCCUUCAAGUUGGCAUCUAAUUUGACUCGUCGUGGCCACAAAAAAGCCUUCCACAGUCUCAAAUGUAACACGAGGAAGCUUGCGGGGGGUUCGCCUUUAUGAAAGCCGAGCGAGUCGUUUAUUAUAAUGGAGCCCAUUUUGCUUAAAGAAUGUACACUUGCAUUUGGAACGCAAGCUUGAGGUUUCAAAAUGUAUACUCGUGCAGCGCUGCUUUACAUGUCCAGAAGUAAUCAACGGCCUUUUCAUGUUGACAUUAAACUCUCGUUGUACAUGUGGUUUCCGCAAACCAAUAAUAGCGAUGUUUUAUUUUUGCAACAAUUGAUGUUUUUCACUCUAAAAAUCACAUGCUUGUACACGGACUAGCAUUCAAACUUGUAUUCAACA